CAACAACAUUAGCAGUUCGAGAAGGCGGUGAGAGUGGAGGGAAGUUCAAAUGUUUCAGAUUUUAAUGUUUGUAAAAUACAGUGGAGAGAUGAAAGCAUGCUAAAAUAUCUCGAUAUACAUUCUCGAAGUACGAUGCAACGCUCUUUUUAAAUGUGACUGAUGGAAAAUUAACGUUUUGCGAGCUCUAGUGAAACGUGUGCAACAUGACUAUGUUGCAACGUCCGUUCGCUGGCUUCAGCGACCCGGACAGCCAGCCGGUCCUUCCUCCGGGGCCCACGGCCACGGGGCAUGGGAUUGCACUCAGGAAAUGCCCGGAGCUCGACCUCUCCAUCACUUCCACCCCGGAACGUCGUCCUGCAGACUCAGGGAUCUUGCGCAGGAAUAUGGGUUCCAAACAACAAGCCAGACAGGUGCGCUUUGAUGUUGGCCCCAAGGCAAAGGCUGUAAGUCUACAUAGAGGUUGUUCUGUAACAGAGACCCCUGAUGGUGCUGUGGUCCAAGAGCCAAGCUGCCCUCGACCUGAGAGAAAAGGAAAGAAGAAGGAAAAAAGACCUGGUGUAGACAGACGUGUAGUUCCUCCUUUGGUAGAGAUGGGCGAUGGACAGCUCCCUGAGGAUGCCCAGCUGAACUCCACACUGGCCCUGAAGGCGGCACUGGAGAAGGUCACACUGGAGGAGUUUGACCCACAGAAGGCCGUGGAGGAGAAACUGCAGACGUCCUCACACAUCAGGAACCAAAUCAACGCCAAAGCAACAGAGGGGUUGAAUUUCCCCCAUACCCAGCAGCUAUACCACGGCUUGGUCAGUGUUAGUCUGUCACACGAACAACUCGUAAGCCAUGCUCUUCGUCACAGGCCACCUCUGGCUCCACCUGUCCGUAGCCAUGGCAACAAGCUUCCACAAGCACCGUCAGAGGCUCCUGACCUGCUUGCGUUCUACAGCCCAGGAGAGUUGCUACGUGAAUCUCCUCUGUUGCCUGGCAACCAAGUGCCUUUGCCACGGCCCCGACUUAAGCCCCGCCCUGCACAUGCAACCUUUGACCUUUACCAGCGACAAAGACAGUGGGAGGCUUGACCUUGUGUCCUUGUGGUAGCCUUGCAAUAGUAAAUACACAUAAGUGUGUUUGCUGUUUGUGUGUAUCUAUGUGUGUAUGUAUUUGUAAAUGUUAUUUAAUUAUUAAAUUACCUUAAAGGCAUCAAA